AUGCGCUCUAAUGCAUUCGCCACGGAAGUGAAUAUUUGCAUUGGAGCAGGUAAACGUACAAAUAUGAUGAAAGCACGACCUACAGAUGCAGAUAAAGCUGAAGACGAAAUGGAUGGGAAUCAGCCGUCAAAAGCUGCACUUACUUCCAUGCCAUAUCAAUGUCAGGAGUUAAUUCUCUAUGGAAGUGUAUUCGCCGAUAACCUGCCGGAUUUGGAACGAAGACUUACGGGCUUAUGUGAUCCCGGAUCAACAGAGUUUCAUGAGCAUGAUCUUUCUUUCAGCCUUCGAACAGGAACUGAUCCAGAUGUUACUAUC